GAAGGGAGGAGAGCUAGAUAAUACGCAGCAGUGUAUUGUAGUGUUGCAAGUGUAGCAGACUAUUUGGGUUUCAGACCUUGUAUUAUUCUCGAAUUCCUCCUGAGGGAUAGAGAAUAUUUGGACACUGGGAACACGUCGGCGCACCUAGCCUACGGCAGCAAUGAAUUCACGCGGUUUCCGGUUCUUCGUCGCUAUCUCUGAGCUGAAGAAGACUGUAACAGUAUGUAUAACGUUAGUAGCUAACUAGAGCAGUCGACUGUUUCCAUACUUGGGUUUGCAGAAAAGUAAAGCAUGACAACGUCCUCCGUGGGGUAAAACUACGACUGGCUAUAUUAUGUUAUGAGCCAGGCCCUGACCAGCCCUGUCACUUUGAUCUGUGAGAGCGAGGAGAGAGCCCUCAGAUAAUGGCCCAUAGGAUAAGCAGUAGAAAAACAACUGAGGAGCAUCUGUUAGUGGAUCCAGUCCAUGUCAACCUUCAGGACUCCUCCCAAAAAGACAUCUGACUUCUGCUGAAAGAUCCCAGUGAGAGUGUCUCCAUCAUGAGGCUGGUGUGGAAGUCCUUGGACAAGAUGAGGUGUUUCCGUAAACGCUCCACCAUCCCCUUCCUGGGGGUCCUGAUCACCUGUCUACUCUUCCUCAAUCUGUACAUUGAGGAUGGGUAUGUGCUGGAGGAGGACAAAAGGCAACUGAGAGAAACGCCCAUGCAUCCUUCAAACUCUGAGAGAUAUGUUCACACCUUUAGAGAGCUCACAAAUUCCUCUGGAACCAUAAACGUCACAUACCGUUACCUCGCCGGAACCCCUUUGCCUCGAAAGAAAUAUCUAACCAUUGGACUGUCGUCCGUCAAAAGAAAAAGAGGGAAUUACCUCAUGGAGACGAUCAAAUCCAUUUUCGACCAGUCCAGUUAUGAGGAACUGAAAGAGAUUGUGGUGGUGGUUCACCUGGCAGACUUUGACCUGGCCUGGUGUGAAAAGCUGGUGCAGGACAUCUCCAGGAAGUUUGCCCACCACAUCAUCGCUGGACAUCUCCUGGUGAUCCAUGCCCCUGAGGAGUACUACCCAUCACUGGAUGGGCUGAAAAGGAACUACGACGACCCAGAGGACAGGGUACGCUUCCGCUCCAAGCAGAACGUGGACUACGCCUUCCUUCUCAACUUCUGCACCAACCUCUCAGAUUUUUACAUGAUGCUGGAGGACGAUGUGCUCUGCUCACGGAACUUCUUAACAUCCCUGAAGAAGGUGGUCACCUCCAGGGAAGGCUCCUACUGGGUGAUGCUGGAAUUCUCCAAGCUUGGCUACAUAGGGAAGCUCUACCACUCAAGAGACCUUCCGCGCCUGGCCCACUUCCUGCUCAUGUUCUACCAGGAGAUGCCUUGCGACUGGCUCCUUAUUCACUUCCGGGGCCUGUUGGCCCAGAAAGAUGUGAUCCGCUUCAAGCCCUCUCUGUUCCAGCACAUGGGCUACUACUCCUCAUAUAAGGGAGCAGAGAACAAGUUGAAGGAUGAUGACUUUGAAGAGGACUCUAUUGAUAUCCCUGACAACCCUCCUGCCAGCCUGUACACUAACAUUAAUGUAUUUGAAAACUAUGACGCCACCAAGGCUUAUAGCAGUGUGGACGAAUACUUUUGGGGGAAACCCCCCUCUACCGGAGACUUCUUUGUCAUAGUAUUUAACAAAUCAACUAAAAUAAGCAAAAUCAAAAUCUUGACAGGAACGGACGAUCGUCAGAAUGAUAUCCUGCACCAUGGAGCUCUGGAAGUAGGAGAGAAGCUGGUGGGAACAAAGAGAGGAAGGCAGUGUUCUUCCUACAUCACGUUAGGGGAGUUUAAAAAUGGCAACAUAGACGUUCAAGACGUGGACCACAAGAUUGCCUUUGCCAUUGAGUGUGUUCGUAUUGUGGUGACUGCCAGUCAGAAAGAAUGGCUGAUUAUUAGGAGUAUAAGCUUGUGGACUACACAACCCCCCAGUCAAUGAGAACAACACAAAAACUAUCAUCAUACCAUGUAGGCAACAGUUGGUUUACUAAUUCAUUUGAUAAUGUAUUCAGUUAUUUACGUAUUAAUGUAUUUAUUUAUUGUUGCAUGUGUUCAUUUAUUUAAUUAUUUUACCCAUUUAUUUAUUUAAUUUUAUAGUAUAUGUAUUUAUAUUUGUAUCUACAAAUCAAUCUAGAGUUUUUAUAUUUGAAAGUAUACUAUUGCUUUUUACAAUUAUGGAAAAAUGUUUAAUGAUUGUCUGACUAACCACUUUUAUGGACGUUGACCCGUUUUUAUGGAUGUGAGAUCAUGGGAAAUAUCUGUUGGCUAUUGUACUCAUGUUGUACAUCUUAUUGUUAUUCACGUUUCUCAGUGUCUUUCCACAUCAAAAGUAGCCUCUGGACUUGAACAGUUGAUUAAGAAAUUACACGCCUGCAGACAAGUAUAGACUUAGGAACAUAGCAUUACUCCAAAUGUUCUUUCUAUCAACAAAUAGCCCCAUUCACCCCUUUCCAAAGUUAUCGUCAUCCUUUACAUCUUACCCUACAAGCAUUAUGAUGGUCAUUAUGUCUGCGAAUAUCCAUUCCAUCCCUCCUAUUUAGGCUGGCGUGGUGUUAGAGAGUUGGAGGGAGCUCUGCAAAAGUAUUUCCCUGGCACUGUAUGUUCCAUCAGAGCCGCUGACAGGAGAACAAUGUUUGUUUUCACCCAUCUUCUCUAACAUCUCAGAUUGGAGCGCACAGUAAGGAAUGGGGUGGAACUGAUAGUUGACAUUUUUUUCUCACCACAGCACACUUUUACAGGAGUAACGGUCUGUGUUAGGAGCGCUCUCUGCUCGCUACACUAGCAAACAACAACACCCCUGGAGCUAGGGUCUCAAGUAAAUUCGUUCUCUUUUCCCAAUGAUGUGCUCUCAGGCACUAAAGGAUCUUCUCUUAGAAUGUUUUUGUAAUAUAGAAAUAAAUCAACUUUAUUUACUCUCUGUGGUAACCGUGGGCUAUGGUAUACUAAAAUCAAAUUGUGUUUGUCAAAUGCAUCGUAGACAACAGGUGUAGACUGCCAAUGAAAUACUUACUUACUGGUCCAUUUCCAACAAUGCAGAGUUAAAGACAAGAUUUUUUUUAAAUAAAAAUUGUGACACGAGGAAUAAAUACACAGUGAAUAACAAAUACGAAUAAAGAGUAAACAUAACAUGGCUUUAUAUAGGAAGUUGAAGAUAUCAUGGCUAUAUACAGGGAGUACCAGUACCGAGACGAUGUUCAGGGAUAAAAGGUCAUUGAGGUAGCUUCAGAAUGUACUGUACUGUACUGUACAUAUACAGUGCCUUCGGAAAGUGUUCAGACACCUUGACUUUUUCCACCUUUUUUUAGGUUACAGCCUUAUUCUAAAAUUGAAUUAAUUGUUUUUUUCCUCAAUCUAUACACACCAUAAUGACAAAGCAAAAAUAUGUUUGUAGAAAUUUUGGCAAAUUUAUAAAAAUAAAACUAUUUGAAAUACUACAUUUACAUAAGUACCCUUAACUCAGUACUUUAGAUGCUUUUUGGGAAACUCGA